GGUCCAACAAAAAUGAAAACAGUCUUUCUCAAUCAAUAAAUAAAUUAAACUGCCCAUGUAUGGAUAGACCCUCUUAUUUGGUGUAGGUGAAGAGGGUUUGCCUUACAAUGAGUGGGGAAGCUGAGCAAUCGCCAGGGUCAUCUACUUCAUCCUCAUCCUACUCAUCAUCAAAAUUCAGGAUGACAAACUUGGAUAUCAAGCCAAAAAUACUUGGUGGUCGAGAAAGACCAGUAUAUAAGCAUGCUCAGCACACUCAUAAAGCAUUUGAGUCACUGAAUGAAAUGAGAAGGUAAUUUACAAUUUUAUGGAACUUCAAAAAUAUUAUUAGAUCAAGUUAACAGGAAAAUAAGCAUCAGCAUCUCAAACUAAAGAUGGUCUAAAAUUUAUAACUGGAGAAAUUGUGUCUUCAAGUUCUUCAGAGCAUUGAAAUCUUCAUUAUUUUAAAAUUGAGAACAGCUACAGUACAUUUUUGUGGUCUAUUAUGAAGGACACACACACAAAAAAAAAGAAUCUUUAACUUGUGCUGUCUAAAUAUUUGUUUGCUUACAAAACAAAUGCAGCACUUAUUUUAUUUUACUUUACUUUUUGCCUAUUCAAAACUGCCUAUGUUACUUUCUGCCUCACAGAAUGGGACUGUUAUGUGAUGUUUGUAUAAUAGCUGGCAACCAAGAGUUGCAUUGCCACAAGUCAGUUCUAGCUGCCUGUAGUCAGUAUUUCUAUGCCAUGUUCACCAAUGAGAUGUCUGAAUCUAAAAUGAAAUGCAUCACCCUCCAAGAAAUAGAUCCAACCGCGUUAUCAUUACUGAUAGAUUUUGUCUACACUUCAGAAAUUCAUGUUACGGAAGAUAAUGUACAGGUAAAACAAUCUCACACCUUAUUCUACAUUGUUUUUGUUAAAAUAAAGCUUGAACAUAUAGCCUGAUUUCGUCUAGUUAAUCUUUAAGUCACUAAAUAGUGGAACAAGAUAGGUUUCAGGCUUGAAAAAAAAGACAGAGCAAUUAAAAGGACAUUUCAAUUGAAUAUCUUCUUCAGCAGAUAAUACAAACCAAGAAAUAACAAAUUAUACUUUGGUUGUCUUGUAAUAUGCAUAUCUGUCUCGGGUUAAUCCUGUAAUAUAGGCCAAAACGUUCCAAAGUGUCCUCGUUUUAUAGCCAUUUUAAUUGUUUCUAUAGUAUAGUAGUUACUAUCCUAAUGUCUCAUUUUUAUUGUAGUUAGUUUACAUGUUUUUAAUAAUUGUAAAGCACUUAGAGCUUUAAGGUAAGCGCUAUAUAAAAAUGCCUAAAUAAAUAAAUAUCUUCCCAUUAUUAUCUCAAUGCCUUUAACAAGACAAGGAGAACUCAGGUUGAAUGCUAUUUUAAGUGUUUCCAUCAUCAUAAAAAUGAUUUUAUUUAUUUACAGACCCUUUUACCUGCAGCAAAUAUUCUGCAAAUAACGGAAGUUCGUGAUGCAUGUUGUGAUUUUUUACAAGCUCAACUUCACCCAUCCAAUAGUUUAGGUAUUAGAGACUUUGCUGAUUUGCAUGCCUGUCAAGACCUCUACAGCUAUGCCCAGACAUAUACAGAACAGCACUUCACGUAUGCUACUUGCCUUAGAUGAAUUUAAAAAUAAAUAUUCCUUCAAUUUCGAUACCAAGACAAAUGUCAGAUAACAAUUUUUAUACACACUUUAUUUUAAAAGGCUAGUGGUUUAAUAUAUAUUUAUAAUUAAGUGUUGCACUUUAUGCACUAAUCAUUAACAUUUUAUCAAAAUCAUUUAAUGAUAAUGGGUGCGCCAACCUUUACCACAAGGUUAUUAUUUCUUUAAUUAAACUUUUCUAUGAACAUAAAAUCUUUACUUUUUUAGGUCUGUUUGAGUAUCCCUCAAAAUCAAACUUAGUUGUUGUUUUUUGUUUAACAGAGAAGUAGUCCAUUAUGACGAGUUUUUGUCCAUGUGUGUUGAUGCAGUGUGUAAACUUAUUUCAAGUGAUAGGCUUACAGUUACAUCGGAAGAACAAGUGAGUCUCAUUUUAGGUUAGAUAACUUUAUAGCGCCUACAUCUUUCAUUAAUUUAUGUCAGUAUUUCCCCAAAUUGUAUAAUCAAUCAAUAUUUCCCCUAUUGCCUUUCUUAGUCUGAUACUAAGAGCACCAAAUAAAAAAAAAAUUUAAAAUGUAUUAGCAUUUGAUGUCAUCUCGUCAGGUUUAUGAAGCUGUUAUGUCUUGGGUUAAUCACAAUCUCCCAGCCCGUCAAAACUGCGUUGAACAGCUGUUAGAAAAUGUGCGGCUCCCUCUCAUUAACCAGGAAUACAUUGUACAAAAAGUUGAAGAGGAGCCUCUUGUAAAGGCAAAUUCUAGGUAACUCACAAUGGGGGCAAUAUUUUUACAAUAAAUAAAUGCACCUGAAACAAAUAGCUAUGUCACAUGUUUUUUUCCAUUUCUAUAUUUAUUUAAGUGUAACUUGACUAAUCAUGGCAUAAAAUUACAAAUUAGAUGCCUAGAAAAUAUACCACAAGCUGAGUUUAUUUCAUAAGUUAUAAAUUGGCUAAAAGCCAAAUUAUAAUCACUUGAUAAAACAGCUCAGAAAAUAAACAGUUCUGCUUUCUAAAAUUCUUGAAAAUAAAUAACCACAAAAGAGUUCAGUUGCAAAUAAAGAAUUAGAUGAAAUGUUUCACCAUGUAAUUAAUUGACAAAUUCACUGGCAACAUUAACAGAAUGCUACUUUUCUUCCAGGUGUAAAGAUUUUCUUAUAGAAGCUAUGAAAUAUCAUUUGCUCAAAACAGACCAAAAGCCAUUGUACAAAACCCCUAGAACACAGCCCAGAAAUCCUAUAGGGUUACCAAAGGUAAUUGUCUCUACCAGGGGUUGGCAGGCUACAGCAUGUGGGCCACACUUGGGAUGCGGAGCAAUUUUCAAUGGGAUGAGGAAGACCCGAAAAAAUCAAUAAAUGACUAAAACGUGUCUUAUAAAGCAAACUUACCGGUUGUUCACACGCUGAAUGAAUUGUAUUUCCUACUUUGGCACAAUUUUACCACUAGGUUGUCUAUAAUAUUUUGCUUAAAUAUUUAUUAGAUGAAUACUCCAAUGGGUAAUAUAUUUUCUAGGUGGAUUAUUUUUUUCAUGUGUAACCCAUUUCAGUAAAGAAUCUUGAAGUUUAAUUAGCUCAUUUUGCAAGAAGGUAUUAUUUAUAUAAAUAUAUUUCUAUUUGAAUUUCUGUCUACAUGUAAGCAUUUCUUUCUUCUCUGGCCAAGGUAUUACUUGUGAUAGGGGGCCAGGCCCCCAAAGCCAUCCGUAGCGUAGAAUGUUAUGACUUUCAAGAAGAAAGAUGGUACCAACUAGCAGAAAUGCCAUCAAGACGAUGUCGCUGUGGUGAGGGAUUCAAAUUUAUAAAUACUUAUUUGUAAUAUUAAUCAAAUUAAAUCAUUUGGAGAAUGACAAUUAUUUUGAAACAAUAUUGGAAGAAUGACCAAAAGCUAAAAAAAGGGAUGCUGCAGGUAUUCUUAAUAAUUUUGAUCAUUUAUCUAACAAAAAGAUAUGUAGUCCAGCCAAACUCAUAUAUUAUUUAAACUUAGAAAGAAUUAUGUCAAAUAAAUUAUGAGUAUGUCAAUAUUGAUAAAAAAUAGUUUAUUUAGAAUAUUAGUAUUUAUCUUCUUUCUAUGUUCAGGUCUUGAAUAAGAACAUGAUGCUUACUAUUAAAUGACAUUUAAUGACUUAAAAAUGAUCUACUUUCUCAAUCUGCUGCUGGCAAUUGUGCAGGUGUAGCAGUAUUGAAUGGCUUAGUGUAUGCUGUUGGAGGCUUCAAUGGUUCGCUUAGAGUCAGGAGCAUAGAUGUUUAUGAUCCCUUGAAAGACACCUGGAACUCUUGCCCUAGUAUGGAGGCGAGACGGAGCACUCUUGGGGUCGCUGUGCUCAAUGGGAAUAUUUAUGCAGUUGGAGGUUUUGAUGGUGCUGCAGGUAUCUUUUUCUUUUUUCUUUUUAAAAAAAAGCAUGAAAGUGACCCAGUUGGGGAGGGGUAGCAUUGUCGGCCUCAAACCAUGAGGUGGUGGGUUCAAAUUAUUUGUCCUUCCACAGCUACAGGCAUAUUGCCCAUUGGAAAGGAUUUAUCAGUCCACAGCUACCGGCAUAUUGCCCAAGGAAAGGAUUUAUCAGUCCACAGCUACAGGCAUAUUGCCCAUGGAAAGGAUUUAUCAGUCCACAGCUACCGGCAUAUUGCCCAUGGAAAGGAUUUAUCAGUCCACAGCUACAGGCAUAUUGCCCAUGGAAAGGAUUUAUCAGUCCACAGCUACCGGCAUAUUGCCCAUGGAAAGGAUUUAUCAGUCCACAGCUACCGGCAUAUUGCCCAUGGAAAGGAUUUAUCAGUCCACAGCUACCGGCAUAUUGCCCAUGGAAAGGAUUUAUCAGUCCACAGCUACCGGCAUAUUGCCCAUGGAAAGGAUUUAUCAGUCCACAGCUACCGGCAUAUUGCCCAUGGAAAGGAUUUAUCAGUCCACAGCUACCGGCAUAUUGCCCAUGGAAAGGAUUUAUCAGUCCACAGCUACCGGCAUAUUGCCCAUGGAAAGGAUUUAUCAGUCCACAGCUACCGGCAUAUUGCCCAUUGGAAAGGCCUCAUCAGUCCACAGCUACCGGCAUAUUGCCCAUUGGAAAGGCCUCAUCAGUCCACAGCCAGACAAUUUUUCUUUGGGAUGAGGUAAUACCUCAAUAAAUAAAAAAAAUCUCAACCACUUAAUUCAAAAGAAAAUAUCCAACCUAGAGUGGGAUUUUUUUUAAAAUCAGAUGUACAAACUAUUCAUACGCUAUUCCCACACUAUGCAAUAUUCCUGCUCUACUAUGACACAGACAAUAAAAUGAAAUUAGAGUCAAAUAAGAAGUUUUAAGAAAUUUGUUGAUUUAAAGAUGUGGAGGAUUUUAAUUUUUACUGUAGAUAAAAGUAUAAAGUAAUAAUAAUAAAGUUUAUUUCAAAAACACGCUUCAUCCCCAAAGGCUCGAAGCGCGGUACAAAGUCAAAAAAAAAAACAACACUAUAAUUUACAUUUGUUGUUGUUCGUCCGUCGAAGUCGACAAGGACCAUCGAAUCAUCCGGUUAGGGUCGGGCGGGAGGGUUGGGAUUACAGUGAGCUCUUAGGUGGCUUGUUAGACCGAUCCUUGCUCGGAAUAAUCUAUGACACCGUGGGCAUGGAAUAGUUGCUUCAGACGAUGACCUAAUGUUGCUCUUUCGGACAAGCCUGCGUGUCUCAGCUGUGGUUAUUCUCUUAACUUCAUGGGAUUUAGCCCCCUUCUUGACAGCAGCUCUCCAUCUGGCUCUGUCCUGGGCUGUCUGCACCCAUUGAGUAGUGUUUAUGCUGAAGGCCUUUAGUGCCACUUUCAGUGAGUCUUUGUAACGCUUUCUUUGGCCUCCUUGGGAGCGCUUGCCUAUCGUGAGUUCUCCAAAGAAUAUUUGUUUCGGGAGCCGGUGGUCUGCCAUACGGGCUACGUGUCCCAUCCAACGGAGCUGAGACUGCAUCAGAGUGGUGAAGAUACUAGGUAGGUUCGCUCUAGCGAGGACCUCGGUGUCGGGGACUUUGUCUUGCCACCUGAUGUCGAGGAGUUUCCUGAGGCAGGUAGUGUGAAAAUGAUUCAGUUUCUUGGCGUGACGCUGGUAGACAGUCCACGUUUCACAUCCAUAAAGCAGUGUCGGGAGGACUGCUGCGCUAUAGACCUUGAGCUUUGUUUCACGACUGAUACCUCUCCUGUCCCAAACAGUGCUGCGGAGCCUGCCAAAUAGGGCACUAGCUUUUGCGAGUCUGCCAUUCAUUUCAUCAUCCAUGACGACAGAUCUAGAGAGGGUGCUGCCCAAGUAAGUAAAUUUAUCCACCGGGUUGAGACGCUGUCCACUGAUGAUGAUGUUGGGUUCAACGUAGGGCUUACUGGGAGCUGGCUGAUUUACAUUUAAAACAAACGCAACACUACAAAAACUAAUUACAAGCAUACCAAGUCAAAGUCUUUCUACCCAUUUCAACCAUAAGCAACACAGCCAAUAUGCAUUAACUGGAAAAUAUGGUAGACAAUCAUCCCAGAAGGUGUUUGCGAAAUAGAUGUGUCUUUAAAUCGGUUUUAAAGGACUCCAGUGUCUGUUUUUUUUUUUUUGAGAUCGACAGGAAGGGCGUUCCAAAUUGUUGGAUCAGCAAAUGUGAAAGUGUGCUUUCCGUAAGUCUCAAGGCGAACACGUGGUGUCGAGAGUUUGCCACUAUCGGAUGAGCGGAGUAGUCUAGUGGUUACAUAAGGCAUCAGCAGCUCUUUCAGAUAGGACUGCACCAGGUCAUGUAAGCAGCAGUAGCACAAAGUUGCUAUUUUGUACUCUAUGCGAGCACAGACCGACAGCCAGUGCAACUCUCUCAGAAGUGUUUUAGCAUGGUCGAACUUGCGUUUGCGAAGAACAAUGCGAGCCGCAUUAUUCUGUGAAAGCAGAGCUUUUUUACAAUGAAUUCCAUAAGUUUUCACUUAUUAUUUACAUUUCUAAACUCAAUUCAUUAAGUCUCACCUCAGUAAAAAAAGAUGAUGAAAUAUUCAAACAGACACUUUAUCCUCUAGUGUCAUUUUGAUUUUCACUUGUGAUAAUUACAGGCCUUGAUUCAGCCGAGUAUUUUGAUGUCAGGGCAGGAAUGUGGAGGUCCAUGACCAGCAUGAGUACAAGGAGAAGUAGUGUUGGUGUUGGCGUUGUUGGAGGUACAUUUUGCUCACUUAGGCUGGGUGGCGUGUCUAUAACUGAAAACUUCUGUUUUCAUUGCUCACCGGCUCAGGAAAAAAAAUAUAAUGUUGAUGUGAUAAAUUUUUUAAAUUUCUUUUUCUAAUUUCCUAUUUCAUGGCUUGACUAUUUUUUAAAAACAAGAUGAGUUAACUUUUCUUUCAUGCUUUCUUUGGCCUAUUACAAACGAUUCCUAUCCCCUCCCUUCACAGGUCUGUUAUACGCAGUUGGGGGCUAUGAUGGAGCAUCAAGACAAUGUUUGAGUUCUGUUGAGUGCUACAAUCCAUUGUGCGACACCUGGUCUAUUGUGGCUGAGAUGUCAUGCCGUAGGAGUGGUGCUGGUGAGGGCUCUAAAACUCCAGAUGUGUUGUUUUUAUUUUACAUUUCCAUUGGUCAAUGGGUUUAUUAAUAGUUGUGACUUUAUUUGUAAAGCUUGGCACAUAAUGUUUUACAAGGAGAAUAUGUGAAGAGCAUUUUUACUCUAUUUGGUUUUACCUUUACACCUUCAAGGGUCAGUCCUUGUCAGUCCAGUUUGCUCAUGAGGUUUUUUUUUACCUGUUAAUAACCAGGUGUAGGAGUUGUUGAUGGCAUGUUAUUUGCUGUGGGAGGCCAUGAUGGCCCCCUGGUCAGAAAAAGUGUGGAAGCUUAUAAUCCAGAGACCAAUUCAUGGAUAGCUGUUGCGGAUAUGCACAUGAGCAGGCGAAACGCAGGUGAACAAAUUGCUUCCUAAUUACAUUUACCUCUGUGAACUCAUUGUUUAACGGUGAUGAUUUAAUUGUCUCUCUAUUAUGCUACAUUUCAAUUGAAAUGCACUAAGUUGGUAAAAUGUUGUCUUUGAGAAUAAGAAUAUUAAAGAACAGACUAGUUAAUAUGUAAGUUAUAUAUCACUAAUGGGAAUGCCAAUAUUUUUAUAAUGUGUAUUUUUAAAUUGUAAAUUUGUGUCUAAUUGCAGGAGUGGUAGCCAACGGCAACAAACUGUAUGUCGUGGGUGGUGAUGAUGGCUCGUCCAAUUUGGGAUCUGUUGAAGUCUACGAUCCAUCAACAAACAAGUGGACAUUACUGCAGUCAAGCAUGAUGACCGGGAGGUCUUAUGCAGGUGUAACUGUUAUAGAGAGGCCUAUGAUGUAGAUGCUGUACAGUUUUGUUUCAUUUACAAAGGGCAUUUUGACAACCAGUGCAAUUUUUUUACUUGUGAUGUGAACAAAAAGAUUUCAUCUGUAACUCAAUGGGUGGGUGUAGAAAUGACUCUGGAACAUGUGUAACAACAAGAAUUCAAAAACAUCAACAGCAAGUUUUUCAAAUUGUACUAGCAAGAUAUCACUGGAACAACUACAAUAAAAAUCUGUUUCAGGCAUAAUUUAUUUCAUUAUUUCAUAACUUUUGGAACAAAGUUUAGGCAGACGAAGUGAAAGUUUACUUUAAGUGUGCUAUUGGAUUUUCAUUAAAAACUUGACACUGAUAAUUAUUUGGACAAUUCUUAUACAUGGGUUGAAAGGUUUUUUCUAAUAAUUGUUCUGAAGUAUAUUAUAAUCAUAGCUAAGAAUUGCUGGCAUCCAUCCGUCACAAUGUGACGAUGGAGGGGGCUUUGGAGGUUGAAAUCCACAUGGCCUGGGAUUAUUCUUCAAGGAUUAUAAGCUGGUUCCCAACAGCAAAUCGCCUCUCUCCACGCUAAGAAUUAAGCUAGAAUAAUCCUUGCUCUCUAUCAAGAAGCCUGCUUAUGAAAUCCUGCGAAGUAUUUAAACAAAACUUCCUACCAAGUAGGAAUUUGUAAUGUUGUCGUAGCCAAGACAUCAUGAAUGUUGACUCAUUUAAAGAGGCCAUGUUUUUUUUAAAUUUAUUUCACCAUUUUCGACAGUUAUCUCUAUGACAGAUAGAGAGUCAGUUUUAUUCUGUCGCACCCUAUCAAAAAAAUGUUUAUCAACUACCAUACUACAUCUCUCUAAUUUUGAAGAAGGAAGAAUGAAAUGGCACAAAAUAUGUACUUGAACUUGCAUCAUAAAUUUAUAUUUUAUCACAUUCUAUGUGGACAUGAAUCAGUAUCACAAUGACUUUUUUAGUUGUGUCUUAAAUUUGAAAUAAAAAAUUGAUGUGCCAUCAAAAAUGAAGUUACAAAAUUAUUUACUUGAAAACCAUUCAUUGACAAAGUCUUGUUGGUCACAUCUUUAAAAAAAAAAAACGUUUGCUCUUUUUUGCUAUAUUUUCUUGUAGGGAUUGAAAUUAAUGCAAUACAGUACAUGGUAAAUCAUUCUGUGUAAAUGGAAAUUUAUCAGUCUCUCUUUGUAAUGUGACAAUAAUUAUAGGUUGUAAAUAUUUGUUGUUGAUGAUGUUUCUUGUGAUAAGAUGACAAUUUUUUGCUAUUUGUGUGAAUAUGCAUUAUUUUGUGCUGGCUAAGACGGAGGUGCUUGAAAAAUUUAAAAUAGAGCUCUUUAGAAUAAUAUUAAAGGU